GUACUUCGCAUAUAAAAUUCCAACCGGCAAGCAGAAGAAAACUUUCCCGCAAAAAUAUAGAAAUCCAUUUUAAAAGAACACCAGAAACCUCUCGAAAAGCAACAAAAAGUUGAAAAAAAAAAAACAGAAAUGGAGUUGAAGUGCAACGAUGUGAAGAUCUGGAAAGAAGCUCUAAGUUCCUACCCAUCUCGCAUUCUCUCUCUUAACAAACCUAACCUGGUUACUCUUGAUGACUUCUACCGUACUCAACUUCCUUCUCUCCUCCAAUCCCGCCUCCCUGCUCCUUACCUCACCCGAUCCGACCUCCAUUCUCUUAUGCAGUGGAAGCUCACCCGUGGAAAAUUCAGACCGCGGUUGCUGGGUUUUGUGGCGUCCCUUGACGAAGAGCUUGUGAAGUCAGCGUCUCAGAAAGCGUUUCUUUCUCUCCCGGAAGACUUACCGAAAGCCGUUUCGGAACUGACUGUUCUUAAAGGUGUGGGUCCAGCCACUGCUUCUGCUGUCCUCGCCGCCUUUGCCCCGGACGUCGCCCCUUUUAUGUCCGACGAAGCUAUGGAGGCCGUGUUGGGUCAAACAAAAGAGUACUCAUUGAAACAGUAUCUUCUGCUUGCGAACAAAUUACAGGAGAAGGCAAAGGAACUAAGUUCAGAAGAUGAGCAAUUCACAGCAUCAGAUGUGGAAAGGGCUCUCUGGAGUUCUGCUGUUGGAGCUAAAUUAUCAGCAUCCUCUGCAAAGGAUCAAGAAGACACUUCAAAGAAAUCCUCUGGUAGAAAAAGGAAAAAGUCGGGUUAAUCUUGCUAUUAAAAUGGUUGUCAAGAAUUUGUGUCAAUACUUGAUUCGCGCUAGUCACACCGGAGAAAUAGCUUCUGGUUUGUUGCCGAAUCAAGGUAUCUGACAUUGUAACUUCUGAGUUAUGACCAAAAUUAGCUGUUUUGGUUGUGGCGUGGUUUUAGUAUGUCCCAGAUCCAUUACUCCGUACUUUGUACCUGUUGCUGUUGUGGUUCUGCUUUCUGCCACCACUCUCUCCCUCCCUCUGUUUAAUUUAUAUUUUCUGAAUAGUGAAUAGACCUAGGGUUGGGAGGGAGGCUACAUCGCUGGUUACCAGCGGCUUUUUUGCCCAUACCCAGGGGCAAAAUCGUCUUUUCACUUAAUUAGUUGAAAAGUCAAACAAAGUACUAAGUAUCGGAAAUAAAUGACAGUAUUCAAUAAAACAAUGACAGUAUUCAAUACAACAAUGACAAUAUUUAUACAAACAAUGACAUAGUAUAUGUAACACGUUUAUCCAGUCAUUUAAGUGGUCCCUUUACUAUUUUUGUUUCAUUUCGUUUUCUUCUUUUCGGAUGAUUAUGACAGAGAGUAUAUGUAACACGUUUAUCCAGUCAUAUAAGUGGUCCCUUUACUAUUUUUGUUUCAUUUCGUUUUCUUCUUUUUGGAUGAUUAUGACAAAUUUUAAUACAACAAUGACAGUAUAUACACAAUAAUGACAGUAUUUAUCUAACCUUUGACAGUAUAUAGCAAGUUCGCAACA